UUGGGUUAUGGUGAGGACGGACGGAGGCGAGCGAGGGCGCCGGGUGAACAGAGGGAGAAAGAGGAGAAAGAAUAACGGGAAAGUGGGAGCUAUUUCAAAAGGAAACAGAGGAGGAAGUCGUCGACGAGAGGAAACGUUUUGAGUUUGUGGACGACAGGAGGAUGUUUUUUUUGUUUAACACUUUCAGACAAGACACGGGUAAUCAACGUAGAUGAUGGUAAACAAAACAGAAGAUCCUGCUCCUAUCACGCUGUAGUUUUCUCCUGGAACUGAAGAAAAGUGGAGAUUGGAGCAUUUUGGAAAAGUGUGCUUGACAACGUGUACAUAACUCUGGAAAGUGCCGUGUGUAUGCGGUGUGUGUGUGUGGUGAGGUGGGCUCUUUGUUUUUCUGGAAUGUUCCACCGAAUGCCAGACUCCCUGUAGAGAAUCGGUCUCAGUCCAGGAGAUCUGUUUGGUUCCCAGCUGGCUGGCUUGUCACACCUCAUACAUUCUAGUGCUGAGGGCUUUGAACAGACUCUGGGACGCCCACUUCCUCGCAUUGGGUUCUGGUGGAAGAACACUAGAACCACAGACAGGCCCAGACCACAAAUAGUCACAAAUACAGACACACACACACACACAGAGAGACUGGACAUACAUAGCUAUACCCAGGACCUCUACCAUCCAACAGCCAUGGCAAGUGUGUGUCCCUAUGGACGUUUCACUCACGCUAUCGUCCGAGGUAUCCCAGAAUCCUUUGGGAAGGCGGGCGAUGGCGGCGGCGGGGACUCCACCUCCACGGACCUGGCGAAGGCCCAGCGGCAGUUCGGCGUGCUGACGGGUGCCCUGAGGCAGAAGGUGGGCCUCCAGCUGAUCGAGAUUCCCGCAGACGCCGAGCUGCCGGAGAGCUGGAAGAUCGAGGACGUGGCGGUGAUCCAGGGGGACACGGCGCUCAUCACCCGUCCUUGGAAACAGCAGAGGCGUAGCGAGGUGGAGGCAGUGCGUAGAGUGCUGACGGAGCUUAACCUGUCUGUGGUGGAGAUGGGGGUUGAGGAGGGAGCAUCCGGAGGGGCCACUCUGGAGGGCAGCGAUGUGCUCUUCACUGGACGAGAGUUCUUUGUGGGGAUCUCCAAACACACUAACCACCGCGGUGCAGAGGUGCUGGCAGACACCUUCCGGGACUUUGCAGUGUCCACUGUGCCUGUGUAUGGAGGCUACCGGCUGAAAAACAUCUGUUCCAUGGGAGGCCCAGACACCAUCAUCAUCAGUAACACCGAAGGGGCCAGGAAGACACUGCGGAUGAUGGAGCAGCUAACGGAUCAUCACUAUGAGGUGCUCACGGUCCCCGAGGAUGCAGCGGCCAACUGCGUCUACAUCCGUGGCCCGGCUAAAGUGGACUACUUGCUCCACCCUACGGCUGAGGAGUGUCCCAACAGCGUGACUGCCUUCCAGAAGCUUCCAGACUACACCCUCCUCCCUACUGCCUGUAGUGAGGCCUCGAAGCUCGGCGGCUCACUUUCCUCCUUCUGCCUUCUAAUCAACAGAAAGCAUCAGGCGUACUAGCACUUUCUGUGGAGUCGCAGGCCCUCUUAAUCCUCUCAUGAUACACACACUCGUGCUCGCUCACCCUCGUGCACACUCUCUCACACUCACACACACACACACACACACACACAGUAGCCUAUGAAUCGCAUUCUACAACUAUUUAUCCUGAAAAUAUAAACACACUUAAAACUGCUUAUGUGCCCAAAAUUUGGGUUUAUCCAAUGAAACGUAAUGUUAUGCUGUCUUUCUCAAGAUAUUAUACAGUAAAACAGCCCAUAAUACACACAGUAACCAAGUAACCAGUUGAGAAAUAUUCACCACUUAAAUGUUUCGGAUCGCUGGCCUCAGUCGUGUCCCUCUGUGGGAACGAUUUCCUGCUGGUCCAGCACAGCUGCAGCUUGUGGCGUAUCAUACCUGUGAAUGUGCUUAGUCCAAGGGCCUGGGGAUGGAAAAAAACAACAACAACAAUAACAACAACUCCAAACAUCUGUGGACUUGCUUAGGUGUCAGUUUCCUGUGUAAACUGUACAUGGAAUGCUUUCCCCCACUUGAAUUCACAAAAAUACCCCAUGCCCAGGGACUUAUUCAAUCGGAGAUGGAAGUGACCCUGGUUUGUCCAACACAUCACAGAGGUCAUAACUUAGCAGUCUGAUGCCACUUCCUGUGGUUUGGAAAUGAACACCCUUUUUUGUUCACUUCUGUGGCUUUGUCUACGGUGUCCAAUGUACUAUCUCCUGCCCUUGAAGCACCUCUCUAGGGAUUUAUUUAGGCCACUGUGGAGACAACUGUAUACAAGGGACCGAAUCAAUCUGUCAACCAAUCCAAACUAGUUACUAGUCGAUUCCUAAAUUGCUCGUAAAGAAGUAAAUGUUCAGUAUGUUUUUUUGUGCACACACAUAGAAAUGGUUGCAAACUUUAACCACUUCAACUGUGUGAUUUUGAAGGCAUAAUACAUUGUUACUCUUAGUAUUCCUAUGCAUUCUGUUUCAAGUUUGUUAAUGGCAUUUGUUGUACAUUCCUGUGGCCCUAAUAAAUGCACUACAACUAUGGAAAUAAACCUCUCACCAGACUUAGAAUUUGAAAGCCUUUGAAUUUCUAAAACAUUUGUUUGCAUUGAAAUUAUGUAUUAGAAUUUUCUUACCUCUGAAUUCAACUCAUUCAAUUUGUAUCGCUGUUUUUUCAAGUAACUGAAUUUCAAUUUGUUUAAAAUGCAUUAAAAAGUAUGUAGGAGAGAAUGGACGGGUUUCUUUUCCUUGACCUACUUGACCCAGUAGACUUGUAACCAUGUGAAAAUGAGACCAUAAAAACAAAUGCAUUCAACACAA